UGUCCAUCAGAAUCCGCGUUUGAAAUCGUCGCUUUUUCAUUCAAUAGAAUUGAAUUCCUUAAGUAUGCUUUGAUGAAAAAUUAUGAAUUUUUUUUCCAAAUUGCUUACGAAGUUAUGGAAUGUCCUAGAACCUUUGUAGGUGACCCCAUAAGCUUAAAAAUAUGUAAUUUGAGCCCACCGCUUCAUUGGUUCCGAGGUGGGCCCACUAUUUCCAAUUUUACCCUUUAUGUGUCUAUGACUUGUCUUCGAGCGUUUUCGUUAGAGAUACUCUAACUACUCCUUUAUCUACUAAAUAAAAAUUAUUUUAAAUAUUUCAUUAAGUCUUAUAAAUUGUUUUGAAUCUUGAAAACGAUCUCGGAUAGAUUAUGCCUCCGUAACCCGUUAUGACAUCUAAAUUUACUUACUAUGUUUCCGUCCGAUUUCAUUGAUUUGAUUUGACAUUCGAUAUGCCUCAUUGAGUCUCUGGAAAUAUAUAUAUGGUAUUUUUAGUGCAUUUAGUUUCUCACUACUCCGUUCGUGGAUGCCUCAAUGUUUCCCCCACUGAGCCCGGGCCAGGAUAUGUUGUCAAGCGUGAUCCUUUGCAUUGUUCGCCGUGCCUCGAUGUGAGGGGGCAGGUAUAUGCGUACAUGGGUUUGUGGAGUAUGCUGUGCCAUGUACGCUUGUUCUGAUAUGAUUUGUUAUGGCCAUCUGAUAUGACAUAUUAUGUUACGGGGUUAUGCCCCUGUUCUGAUUCUUCUGUGUUGUGGCACCAGCGUCGGGAGGGUGGCCACGUUCUGUCUGCCGAGUCCCUUGGCAGGGGCCGGAUUUGAUGUGACGUACCGACGACAGGUUUGCUGAUCCGUCCGCUUAGGAUCUUAUUCUCCUAUUUUGGAGCGCUCUCUUAUCCAGAGCCCAUCUUUUGUGAUGCCUCCGAAAAAGGCGACGGCUGCCCAGAAGAAAAAGGGCGUGGUAGGAGAGACCAGCCGGGCUCAGAAGGGUACUCGGACCCUUGCUCAGAUGAUGCGUGAUAUUGCGUCCCGGCCAGCAGACUCUGCUACGUCUUCAUCAUCAGAGGAGUCUGGGGCAGCUCCACCAGUAGCUCCAGAGGUUCCAGUACCUGAGCCUCCAGCUCCACAGCCAGGGGCUGAGGAUCGGGCUAUGAGAGAUGCGGUCCAAUUGUUGACCAGACUGGUAGCAGGGCAGGUUCAUAGGCACGGACUUGGGGAUGGUCGUGCAGACAGACGUGACAGUUCGAGAGCUCGUGAGUUCCUGACCUGUAAUCCUCCAGAGUUCUUCGGGACAAAGCCCGAGGAGGAUCCUGAGGAGUUUAUCAGGAAGAUGCGGCGCACUUUGCAUUUGAUUAAUGCUUCCGCGACAGAGUCAGUCACGUUAGCUUCGUACCGGUUGUAUGAUGUAGCGGCUAAUUGGUACGAGUCAUGGGAGUUAUCCAGAGGUGACGGCGCUCCCCCAGCAGUUUGGGAUGAUUUUUCUCAGGCCUUUCUUAGCCAUUUUCUGCCUCCGGAGUUACGGCGGGCCAGGGCUGACAGAUUCUUAUUGCUGAGACAGAGGGGCUGCAGUGUUCGAGAGUACAGUAUGGAGUUCGACUCAUUGGCCCGAUAUGCACCUGCUGUGGUAGCUACUAUGGCUGACAGGAUGCACAGGUAUAUUAUGGGGCUGGACCGUUAUUUUGUCGACAGUUGCUUGGUAUUGGCCGCUCAGCCCGAUAUGGAUAUUGCCCGGAUUCAGGCGCACGCUCAGGGCAUGGAGGACCGGCACAGGGGUCAUCAGCCCGUUAGGAGUCAGGAUCGGAGACAGCCCAAGAGGGCCAGAUCAUCUGGGUAUUUUGAGGAAUUUCGGAGUGGGCAGCCUCAGCAGCAGCAGCAGUCUAGCAGGCAUUCUUCCCAGCCGGCACAGAGCACACCUCCGCAGUUCUCAGGCAGGAGAUUUGAUAGCCCAGGGUAUUUAGGAGCAGGCCAGAGCUCCGGGGUUUCAGGUUCGCGGGUAGACAGGAGUUCCGGUCAGACGAGGCCACCCAGGCCUCAGUGUUCUUAUUGUGGGAGAUACCACCUUGGAGAGUGCUACCGUGCUACAGGUGCUUGUUAUUCUUGUGGCCGUCAGGGCCAUACUGUGAGAGAGUGUCCGUAUAAGGGUAAUUUGGGAGGUGCAGCGCAGCCUACCGGAUUAGUCGCUGGGUCAUCGUCUCCUUCGAUAGCCAUGCGCCCUGCGGGGCAGGGUACGUCGACAUCAGCAAGCCGCGGCAGAGGUCGUGGCGGGGCUCCCAGUUCAAGCGGUCCUUCGAACCGCAUCUAUGCCUUGACUAGUCGACAGGACCCGGAGGCGCUACCAAACGCGGAUACAGGUAUACUAAUGUCUUUUUCGAAAUAUAAGUGUAUUAACAGAUUUAGCCUCUACUAUGUGAUAUAUUUUCCCCAAAAUGCUUACAAGACCCUAUAAGAUUAAUUUAACAUUCGAGGACGAAUGUUCUAAAGGGGGGGAGGAUGUUACAUCCCGUAUUUUUGAACGUCGGAUUAAUUGUAAGUUGAGGUGGGGCCCACACGUCAAGAUUUUUUUUGGGACAUGUGACAAAUUAUAUGAAUCACAUAUGUGAAGUUAAACACAACUCAAGAAGGACCCUUGGGCCAAAUCAAAGUGGAAGUCCUCCAAACGAAUAUUUUUAAGAAAACGUUUUCGGGUGACCUGACUUUGGGGGGCCAAAACGGUAUUAUAUGUUUGGAAUUUGGAAAAAUACCAAGAAGUAAAAGUUGUAGAUAAUUGAAUUAUCUUUCCAUCCAUAGGUCGUGGGUUCCCAGGUGACGUCGGUACAAGGAGAUAUGAACGUUUUAAGGCAGAAAGGUCAGUGGGCUAGGCCCAAUCCGAGCCCAACCGGGUUAGGCCCAUUACCCAUGUCCUUAUAAGUGCCAAUUUCGGCCUUCUUCAUCAUUUUAACACCAGGAACAACCAGAAAAUUCUGGAAAAAGAGAGAGGAGCUUUGGAGAGAAAAAAAAACAAUUUUGACCAAAAUCCGAGCCCCGAAUCCCGAAGCCCAUGAAGGGAAAAGUGUUGUACGCUACGUUGUCUUCAAUUUGAGCUAAAAAUCAACCAAAGAGGAGAGUGAUGACGUGGUGGCUGCCUACUUAUGGUUUUGGACGAAACGGGAUUUGAGUUUUGGCAAGCGUAAAGGGCAAGAAAGGUACCGACGACAGGUUUGCUGAUCCGUCCGCUUAGGAUCUUAUUCUCCUAUUUUGGAGCGCUCUCUUAUCCAGAGCCCAUCUUUUGGUAUAGUCUGUCACUACUGUAUAUAUAUAUUCUCGUUCAUGGGUACAGCGGGGCCCUGUCCCGUCAUAUGAUUAUGUCGGUCUGUUUAGAGGUCUGUGGACAUGUUUGUGGGUUAGGGUCUUUCUGUAUGGAUGUAUGUACAUGUCGUUUGGGCGAUCCCAUACGCCGAGGCGGCCGGUCCGCGUAUGUUUAUAUAUUGCUUGGUUAGCCCUGUGUGGCUUUUGUUGGUAUUUUCUGCGUGCAGGGUAUAUUGGAUAGUCCGUAAAACAAAGGAAACUCUGUCGAAAUUUUUCUGGAAAUUACCUAAAUUUGAAAUAAAGCCUUGUCGGCUUCCGCCAUAUACUAGAAUGAGUUGAUAGAAUUUGAGAUAAUAUUUGAUAGAUGGGUUCGGGUGCCCAGAUCGGGCACUAGUCACGGCCGACGGGGUUGGGUCGUGACACAACAUCCCCUUGACAUAAACUGUUUUAGUUAUAGCAUAUUUGUAAUCUCCUUGUAUAUGUUUCUAGCUCCGCCACUAAUCACUGACACAAGUUCGAACUCUAUAGAAUUUUCCAUGGUUGACUUGUUGAAUAAACCAGGAGCAAUAUAGAAAGCAAAGAGAUCUGAUGGGUGGGAUAUUUGAGGCCAUGAUUGAUCAAGGACUGCAAAUUUUGCUGGUUACAAUCCCAAAGAAAGAAAGGAUUUUUGGCAAGUUUUGCUGAAGUUGAAAUGAAUGAUGAAGAAGAUGCCAAAAUGCCUCUUUCCUGCCUUGCUUAUGGUAUGUUAUGUGCAUUUUCUACUAUAUAGUAAAAGUCACUUUCUUUCGAUGUCAUGUUGCUUGGUCCUGUCUAACUUCUAAGGUGUUCUAUGUAAGCAACUGUCAACUUUUUUUCCAAUUUAAAGUGAAGAUGCAUCCUGGCCUUCUUGUCAAUAUCAAUAUAUAUCAGUAUCAAUGAAGAAGAAGCCGGUUGCAAUUUAAAUUGUAAUUAUUUUAUAAAAUAAUACAGUUGAUAGUGUCGGCCAAAGAUCCUUUAUAUACAUGUUGUCUGCAUUCCAGGCCUUUAACAUUGUUAUCUUGAUCUCUUUUGUUUGCUUCACUACAAAAUAAAUAUUGAUGGUUGAUAGCAACCACAAUUUGUUAUUAUUGUUUGGCUAUUUGUUAUUCAACAUUAUUUGUCACCCUUGGACCAUCCUAGUGUGAUACAUUAUCUGUCAUCCUAGGAUCGCCCUAGUGUGCUGGGAUUCUUGUCUGAAACUCUGGAAAGGACCCAUGAGGAUGGCACCAGGCUCGUGGGGCUUGCCUCUGUUGGGAAACCUCCCCUUUCUUGACCGACAACUUCAUUCUUACUUUUCGAGCUUGACUCAGACACAACUUCAUUCUUACUUUUCGAGCUUGGCUCAGACAUUCUUUGAUGGACUAAUAAUAUUUCAUUAACAAAGGGCAAAAAAAUGUUGUUCUGUUCUUAGUUGCAAUUGCUUCUUUUUAAAAAAAUAAUAAUAAAAAAAAAUUCUAUACUCUUCCUCCAACGUAUGUUAGUACUUGACAUACAAAUGCUAAAAUAAAUGUUGUGAGACUGUACUCAAUGGGGAGAUGGAGUUCCAAGAAUGGGGUUGCACUCACAGAAAUUGACAGCGUUUAGCUCAAAGCUUGAUGAUAUAGUUGGCAUGAUUGGGAAGUCAUCUUAGCGCGGAAACAAAGUUGUAUAUCCAAUAUAAGUGUAAGUUUUUGGUAUUUAUAGUUUUUUGGUACUUGUAGUUCUUUUCGUUUGGAGGUUUUUGCUUGAAUUUUCAUUCUUGAUUUCUUUGUUGUAAUCAUUUUCUUCUAAUUUAUGGAUUUCAAUGUAUUUUGCAUUGUGGGUACAUCCGUUCGAUGGUUAAUAUUUGAAACGAAUUUUUCUUCACUUAAUUUAAAGGAAAAGGGGGAGGGUGUGGGCUGCUGAAAAAGAGGGGGUUUAAUUAAUGGCUGGCGAAAAAGAGGGGGUUCAAUUAAUUUGCUAAGUGGCAUUUUGUGGUUUUAAUAGGCAUAAAUGGAGGUUCAAAAGCAGUUAGUGAAAAAGGGCAAUAUUAAGUCAGAUUAUUAAGUGAAGGGCAGAAGUAACCAUUUCACUACCCACAAGGUCAUUGUUAGACCUUUUUAAUGCUUCCACUAGCUGAGUUGGAAAAUGAGGGCAAGUAUGUGUCAGUUUGUUAAUGGCAAGGGCAAGGUUGAGCCAAAUUUUAAGCAGAGGGCAAAGGUAGACAUUUUCGCAAAUCACAAGGGCAAUCUAUAAAUUGUGUGCUUCGCUUCAAGAAGCAUGCAUGAUACUUCUUGCUUUUCGCUUCAAGCCUCAUGGACCUUGUUACCUUUUUAUGCUUUCGCUUUUAAAAACAUUGGGUCUUCCAUUUUUCAACACCACUUUCUUCCAUCCCAUUUUUCCCUCUUAAGCUCAAGUCUCUCAAUUCCUUCCAACCUCUGUUUAAUUCUUUACUGGUUUGGGCAACAAAGAAGAUGAAGGGGUUGGCAAAGAGAUUUGAUAGGAUCUUUGAGACCGUGAUUGAUCACAGACUGCAAAUGGACACUCAGAAAUGGUGGGAUGGCAAAAUGCCUAUUUGCGUAACUGAACUCACAGCCUUGCUUGUGGUAUAUUUACUAUGUUAUGUCAUAUAGCAUUCUACUAUAUAGGAAAAGUCACUUUCUUUACAUGUGAUGUCGAUUGGUCCCUACAAAGGUGUUUUUCUAAGUGAGCAAGCAAUCUUUCCCUUUCUACAGUUCAAAUCAAUAAUGGUCACAACUGCAUUAUUGUUGAGUAGCCAAGUUUACGUUUGUGUUACAACCAUUCAUACCUUAUCUAAAUGGAUGAA